AUGGAGCAGCAGUCGAACAGGUCGCAUCGCCCGGCCAAGGAGAAGAAGAAAUAUGAAGGCCAAAAUCCGAAAGCCUUCGCCUAUGCCAAUCCCGGCAAACUCAAUAGGCAGGCUGCACGAUCUCAAGAGGUCAAGGAAAAGAGGCUUCAUGUACCCCAGGUCGAUCGCAUGCCAGAGGAGGCCCCUCCGACUGUUGUUGCUAUUGUUGGACCCCCUGGUGUCGGAAAGACAACUCUUCUCAAAUCCCUCAUUCGCCGUUAUACGAAACAGACUCUGAGCUCGCCUCAAGGUCCAUUGACUGUUGUGACAUCAAAGAAAAAGCGUCUUACCUUCCUCGAAUGUCCCUCUGACUCUCUCGCCGCUAUGAUUGACGUCUCCAAGAUCGCUGAUAUUGUGCUGCUUAUGAUCGAUGGUAACUACGGAUUUGAGAUGGAGACCAUGGAGUUCUUGAAUGCUCUGUCUACAAGUGGUAUGCCGGGUAAUGUGUUCGGUAUCCUUACUCAUCUUGAUCUUUUCAAGAAGCAGAGUACGUUGAAGAUGACCAAGAAGCGACUAAAGCAUCGUUUCUGGAGCGAACUUUAUCAGGGAGCCAAGCUCUUCUACCUUUCUGGUGUGAUCAAUGGCCGUUACCCCGAUCGUGAAGUGCACAAUCUUUCCCGAUUCUUGUCUGUUAUGAAGAACCCACGCCCUCUCGUCUGGCGCAAUUCUCAUCCUUAUGCGCUCGCUGAUCGUUUCCUGGACAUCACACCUCCAACAAAGAUUGAAGAGGAGCCCAAGUGCGAUCGCACUGUUGCACUGUACGGCUAUCUUCGUGGUACUAAUUUUCCCGCCCAUGGUGCACGAGUGCAUGUGCCCGGUGUGGGUGAUUUGACCGUGUCUGGUAUUGAAGGAUUACCCGAUCCGUGUCCGACUCCAUUCAUGGACCAACAGAUUUCGAAGGCCACUGGCUCUGCGCGACGUAAACUUGGUGAAAAGCAGAAGUUACUAUUUGCUCCCAUGUCUGAUGUUGGUGGUGUUUUGGUGGAUAAGGAUGCCGUGUAUAUUGAUAUCAAGACAAACACCUUUCAUAAAGACUCGGAUGAUGAGGAGUCUGAUGAUGAGGACCGUGGCCUAGGCGAGCAACUUGUUGUUGGUCUUCAGGGCGAGCGACGCUUGCUUGGCGAGGCUGACCAGGGUGUUCGUCUGUUCCGUGGUGGUGAGGCGAUCUCUAAAGACGGCGAGGAUGAAGAAUCCGGACGCAAACACCGACGCCACGCUCGAAUUGCCGAUUCCGAGCGUGUUCAACCCGCAUCCGACGACGAGGACUUGGAGGGUGAAGAGGAGGAGGUCUCCGAAGAUGAGGAUGAAGAAGGUGAUUUUGAUGAUGACGAGGACGACGACGAGGAUGAAGUCGACGCAUCGGCACCAGCAGACUUCGGAGACAAUUUCAAAGCACGGCAAAAUGGGAAGGCCGAUCGUGAGGAAGACGAUGUCGCUUUUGCCGACAGUGAUUCCGAUCUCGGAUCUAUCUCCGGCGACGAAGAGGAGUUAGACAGUGGUCUCGAGGGUGACGAUGACGAUGAGGAGGAGGACGACGAAGAGGGUAAUGCUCGUUGGAAAGAGAACAUGUUGGACAAUGCCAAGGCUCUUCACGGCAAGCGUCCACCUUUCCGCGUCAGCGAUCUAUCUCGGAUGAUGUACGACGAGUCAAUCACGCCAGCCCAGGUUGUUCAAACGUGGCGCGGCGAAGAUGAUGGAGAUGAAUCGGAAGAAUCGGACAUCGAGGCCGAAGAAGGCGAUGACUUCUUCAAGAAGACAAACAAUGAAAAAGAGGAUGAGGCUGAUUACCGCGCCGUCCCUGAGUACGACUACGAAGAGCUUGAGCGUAAGUGGCAUGACGAGGAACUGCUACAAUCACUGAAGCAGCACUUUGUCACUGGUAAGCUUGGUGGUGGUGGUGACUCGGACGAUGACGAUGAUUUCGAUGAUCUCGAUGAGGACGAUGAGGAUGACGAAGGCGAUGGAGCUUUUGAAGACUUGGAAACAGGUGAAGCCUUUGAUGGAUUCGACGAUGACGAUGAUGAAGGCGGUGACGAUGAGGAUGAUGAGGAUGCACAGCCCGAGGGUCCAGUCGACUUGGACGCCGAGCGUGAGCGUAAUGCAAAGAAGAAGGAAGAUCUCAAACUACGCUUCGAAGAGGAGGAUCGCGAGGGCUUUGGCAAUGCAAAAGAGGGCACACGUGAUGGAGGUGAAGGGGAGUUCGGCGAGGACGACUGGUAUGACCUGCAGAAAGCCAAGAUGCAGAAGCAGCUCGAUAUCAACCGUGCGGAGUUUGACAAUCUUGAUCCAUCUUCUCGCGCCCGUGCUGAAGGAUACAAAGCCGGUACAUAUGCUCGAAUUGUCCUCGAAAAUGUGCCAUACGAGUUUGUUAGCAAGUUCAGCCCUCGUUUCCCAGUCAUUGUCGGAGGUCUAGCUCCAACAGAAGACCGAUUCGGAUACGUACAAAUUCGUAUCAAGCGUCACCGUUGGCACAAGAAGAUCUUGAAAAGCAAUGACCCCUUGAUUUUCUCUCUUGGUUGGCGUCGAUUCCAAUCAAUGCCUAUUUACAGCACUUCGGACAGUCGGACAAGAAACCGUAUGCUCAAGUAUACUCCUGAACACAUGCAUUGUUUCGGCGUGUUCUAUGGUCCACUUGUGGCACCUAAUACAGGUUUCUGCUGUGUUAAUUCAUUCUCCAACAAGAACCCUGGAUUCCGCAUUGCCGCAACUGGUGUAGUUCUCAGCGUGGAUGAACACACUGAAAUCGUCAAGAAAUUGAAGCUCACUGGUGUUCCCUACAAGAUCUUCAAAAAUACUGCUUUCAUCAAGGACAUGUUCAACUCUGCGCUGGAGAUUGCCAAGUUCGAAGGUGCUUCAAUCCGCACUGUCUCCGGUAUCCGCGGUCAAAUUAAGCGAGCCCUCAGCAAACCCGACGGCUUCUACCGUGCUACAUUUGAAGAUAAGAUUCUGAUGAGUGACAUUGUCUUCUUACGUGCGUGGUAUCCCAUUAAGCCUCACAGGUUCUACAACCCCGUCACGAAUCUUCUCGAUCAAGAAGAAGGCGGAUCUGGCGACAGUGGCUGGCAGGGUAUGCGAUUGACUGGCGAGGUCCGCCGUGACCAGGGCAUCCCCACCCCCAUGAACAAAGACUCUGCAUAUCGCAAGAUCGAGCGACAAGAGCGCAACUUCAACCCUCUGCGUGUGCCUCGUCAACUGGGCAAGGAUCUCCCUUACAAGUCUCAAAUUACCAAGAUGAAGGCUCACAAGGACAAGACCUACAUGCAGAAGCGUGCUGUCGUUCUUGGUGGCGAGGAAAAGAAGGCGCGAGACCUCAUGCAGAAAUUGACUACCAUGCGCAAUGAGAAGCAGGCUAAGCGUGCGGCUAAACAAGAGGAGCGCCGUCAAGUCUAUCGUGCCAAGGUGGCUGACAGUUUAGAAAAGAAGACCGCCCGUGAGAAGAGAGAGCGGGAUGACUACUGGCGCCGUGAGGGCAAGAAACGAAAAAACGAUGAAGACGGUGGUGCUGGUGGUGGAAAGAAACGUAGAUGA